AUGACAAGCAUUGGCGUACUUUUGCAAUCAAUUGACCGUAAUCAAAGAACCAUCAAAUUCUCAGAAUACAAAGGUAAAACUGUUGCCAUUGAUGGUGAUGACUUUCUUCUUGAUGGAGCUUCCCGUGCUGCUUUGGAGCCUGUAUGGAAUCAUUCCGCCAAUUCAUAUAACGACUAUUUGCUGGAAUUUACUCAAUUGCUUGAAGAAAAUGGUGUAACACCUAUUGUGGUCUUUGGCGGUCUCACUCUCCCUUUCAAGCAAAGCAUGAAUUAUGAAUAUCGCAAAGCCCGUCAAGCUGCAUUAAACAGUGGUAGCCACCUGGGACCAGUAACCAUCUCAGAAGACAUGGCCAUUGCCACUAUUACAAAAUUGAUGGAAAAGAAGAUUAAAUGCAUUGUAGCACCAUGCGAAACUAGUGCUCAACUGACAUACUUGGCAAAGACAGGCAAGGUGGAUGCUGUCGUCUCUGAGGACCCUGAGCUCUUGGCUUUUGGUUGUCCAAAGUUUAUUCACAAGAGUUUUAUCUCUGGAGAAUAUAUCGAGUUCUGCAUGGAUAGAGCAUUCAAUGACAACAGAAGCAAUUUUCGAGCAUACGGUGCUGACACUUUUCGACACAUCUGUAUUUUAUCUUUAGCCGGCUGUAAUUACCUGCUUAACGCUGAAAGUGCUAUCUUCAGAGCAUUACUGAGAGUGUAUGAAGGCAACAACAACAGCACUGAUCAAGUAUUACGUGUCUUGCAGAAGCUAUUCAAGGAAAAACUCCUUCUGGACUAUCUCAAAAACUUUCACAUGACAGAUCUUGGUUUCACGUAUCAAUGGGUCUACGAUAUGGACAAAAAGAACUACGUGCGCCUGAAUCCACUUCCACCCAAUUGUUCGGAGGAAGAUGUCAAGUUGCUGGGCAAAACCCCAACCGUACAAGACUCCAUCAAGUUCAUUGUCAACGAGAUCGCCCCCAAGAGCAAGCCUUUAAAUUUAAAAGAGCGUAUCACAGAAAAGUUUCUCGCUUACGCUAAAUCAGUAAAAGAGAAUAUUAUGCCUUCACAUUUAGGAACACCAUUCUCAGCGGCAGCACCCAAAUCACAAAAGUCACCUAAAUCAUCUACAUCAUCAGCAUCUAGAAUGGGACCCAAACGAGUGCUUUCUGAAUUGAGUAAUGUUACCACAGUAUCAGUGUCAGUGGCCACAACAGCUGGAGAGUUCUUUGCAUCAACCUCUGCGCAAGCCUCAUCACACUUGCCUAGACCCACAGUGGCAACACCUAAAGAGUCAACUGCUGCAUGUCCUUCAUUCUCACUACCUCCUUCAGUUGAACAACCUUUGAUGCCUUUAACUGAAGCAAGCACAACUUCAACUCAUGACGAUCCCAUCUCUCCUCCUCAUGUCCCACCAACGAAAGAUGAGAUGCCUGACACUACCACAGUAUCUAUCAACAAUAUCAACGCAAGCGUUUCUAAAGUAUCGCAGGACACAAAUCAAACAUCAAGUGGCCAAACAUGCGAGAGAAACAACCCAUCUCCACCCUUGUCGCCACCUACAGCUACACCCAUCAAAGAGAAUACGGCUUCAUAUAAUCAACAUACCGGGGCCAAGCCCUUGGCUGACAAAUCGGCUCAACCUGUGAAAAUAACACCACCACCAUCUCAUUAUAUACCAAACAUUGCACAUAUCAACCCCUCUACAAACAAUAUAGCUACAUCCAUCAAACAGACAGCAAUCCCUACUCAACAAGACACCCUAGCCAGGCCCAAUGCCAGUGAAUUAUCUCAAGCUGUGAACAUGACGCCAUCAUCUGAUCACGUAUCUUACAAUGCUCACGUUAACUUUUCAACGAGCAAUACAACUAUAGCGGCAACUAUAACGGCCAUCAAGCUAUCUCAAAAUGCGUCAAAUGGUGGUGGAGAGGAGAACGGUAACAAUAAUAGCAGCAAAUACGAUAUGCGUGAUCCCUAUUACAACAAUCCAAACUACUUUAUCCCAACAAAUAUGGCGUCAAGGUCUAAUAACGAGAAAUCCAAGAAAAGAUCGUUUGAUCAGACAGAGCAUAGUGUUUCCACGAUGCAAGGCAACAGUCGCAAAAAGCACCAUCCUCGUUGA